AUGGUGGGAGUAGUGGGGGCGAAGGAUUUGCCGGCGGAGCCGUCGGAGAAGGAGUUCAGGCUGGGAUUGAGAAGUGGGAUCAUUCUCUGCAAUGUGCUCAACAAGGUUUACUCUGGAGCUGUGCCCAAGGUGGUGGAAAGUCCAUGUGAUUCUGCUCUGGUUCUUGAUGGGGCCGCAUUGUCCGCAUUUCAGUACUUUGAGAAUGUGAGGAAUUUCCUGGUGGCUGUGCAGGAAAUGGGAAUUCCUACGUUUGAGGCGUCUGAUCUGGAACAAGGAGGGAAAUCUGGUUGA